AUGAGAAAUAUGCAUAAACCCAAUUGUGCCUCAGAAAGAGUAAGAAUUGAGAAACUAGGAGGUGUGGUUUAUGAUGGCUACCUUAACGGUCAAUUAUCGGUGUCACGAGCUCUUGGAGAUUGGCACAUGAAAGGCUCCAAAAGUUCCUCCUGUCCCUUAAGCGCAGAGCCGAAGCUUGAGGAGACAACUCUGAGUGAGGAAGAUGAAUUCUUGAUCCUAGGCUGUGAUGGGCUGUGGGAUGUGAUGAGCAGCCAAUGCGCAGUUACAAUUGCAAGGAAAGAAUUAAUGCUUCACAAUGAUCCUGAGAGAUGCUCAAGACAAGAGAGCUGGUUAGGGAGGCACUCAAGCGCAAUACCUGCGACAACCUGA